AUGUCCAUGGGGUAUGAUCUUCAUCUCAUCUUGCCCCUGACUCCUGCUGAUGAAGACGUACUUUCAGCUCAUCGAGCCUUGAUUACCCGCAAGCUCAAGGGAUUGGAGGAUGCUGUGACUUUCACAUCCGUGCACUGGCACAUGGAUGAAUCUGGCUGGCGCUUCGCAACGGCACAAGAUAGGGUUUCCGGUGAGAACACUCUGCAGGACCCUACACACCCACAGUUCACACGUCUGCGCGAUCUAUAUCUUUCUAUUGAUCCAGAAUACAAUGGUCGGGUAUCUGUGUCGGUUCUCUACGAUACAAAGACCAAGCAGAUUGUGAACAACGAGGCUGGUUUCGCCACGACACAGGCAGCUUACGAGAAGGCCAUGUGGGCACUCUUCUCAUCGCUUGAUCGUAUUGAGAUCCACCUCGCAUACAAAGAGUCAGGGUCAACCCCAUUCUUUUUUGGCUCAAACGUCACGGAGACUGACAUCAGGCUCUACACAACCCUGAUUCGGUUCGACCCAGUCUAUGUUCAGCAUUUCAAGACGAAUAUCCGUGAUAUUUGCUCGGGGUACCCGACGUUCCGGGAGACGACCGAGUUUGAGCACAUCAAAAAGCACUACACCAAGAGUCAUCCCCAGCUCAAUCAGUUCCAAAUCACAUCCCUUGGACCCCUGCCUGAUAUCCUACCAAAGGAUGAGGAAGUCAGGUCCGUUGCCGCUGUUGCGGAUUUGAGAUGA